UGUAUGGGUAGGCUGGGCAGGAAGUGCUUUAGAGAACAUCUUGCUGAAUGCUGAAUACAUUGUGUCAGAGCGGAGACAGCACAGUGAGCUGGAAUAUUCCCCACAGGUGAAGCUGUUGGUGUAGGAAGGCUGGCAUGGCCGACGUCUCCAUACGGAAAUACAGGAACAGCGACUAUGAUGUGGUUCACUCCAUGUUUGUAGAAGGGAUGAUGGAACAUCUGCCUGCGUCUUAUUCCUACCUGCUGAAACUCCCUCAGCUCCACCUCACUGUUUCUCUGUUACUUCUUGUCAUCUUCCUGGCAACCGGUUCCUACCUGCUGACCCUGGCCACGUUGGCUCUAUUGCUGGCUGGAGGUUGGUAUGAAAUGAAAUUUGAAUUUUGCCAGUAUGUGAGCCAGAGCCAGAAAGGUGAUCUGCUGGACAUACAGACGACCUACAUGAUGAGGAGCAACUCCUGUUUCUGGGUGGCAGAGUCGGAAGGGAAGGUUGUAGGCAUGGUGGCCGCCCAACCAUCAGAGGAGUCUGAGGAUGAGAUGGUGCUCCGGCGCCUUUCAGUUGGAAGGAACCACCGGAUGAAGGGAAUCGCCAAGGUGCUAUGCGUGAAGGUCAUAGACUUUGCUGGACAAUGUGGCUAUAAAUCUGUUAUGCUACACACAUCUAUGGUACAAUAUGCAGCCCAUAAACUGUACCAACGCCUCGGCUUUGAAAGAACAGCCGUAGAAAUUGUUCCAUCACUUUUUGGACGAUUUUCAAAAUUCUCUAUCUUUACUUAUAGAUACAGAAUAAAGUCAUAAUGGAACCGCUCGUAUUAAUCUCACAUGAAUAUGCAGCUGCCCAAACUGACACAGGCGUAACUAUGGCGAGAGAUCCAGUGGCAACAGGUGGCUCACAAGUGUCGAGGGCCCAGCAGGCUCAGGUCACCCUGUUUAAGCUUUUGGGGGAACAAUUCUGCUGUGGGAUCCAAUAAAGUCUAGUUAUUGGCUAGUUUUAUAUACAACAACAUGUGUAAGAAUGAAUAUCCUCCUACAGAAA